ACGGCGUCAUCGGCGAAUUGUCGUCUACACUUUGCAGAUUACGAAGUCUGUCUGUAUUAGUACGCUGUUUGCAGUAUUGUUGCGCCGCCAGAAUUGAGCGCCUCCAGAAUUGAGCGCCUUUCUUUCCUCGCGGCUGAUUGUAGUCUCACUCCUCAAUGCAAACUGCAAAGCUCCGCGCAGCACCCGUCCGGCGCAUCUACUCCGUCUCCACACCACAGCGACGGCGCAUACAAACACGGCAGUCGCAAUGCUUCACCGACGCCCCGCGGCCGUCCCAAGCUGAGGUCGACAAGGCCCGGGCCUACUGCGCACACCUCGUCCGCACCUACGACACGCCCUCGCACAUCCUCCAGUCCUUCAUCCCCCACGCCUCGCGCGAUGCCUACCUCGCCAUCCGCGCCUUCAACGUCGACGUCGCCCGCGUCGCCGAUACCACCAGCACGCCCACCAUUGGCAUGAUGCGCAUGCAGUUCUGGCGCGACGCCGUCACCAAGGCGCUCGCCGGCUCGCCGCCCAAGGAGCCCGUCGCCAUCCUGCUCGCCCACGCCGCCGAGUCCCUGCACACGCGCACCGACGGCCGCAGUCGCCUGAGCAAGAACUGGUUCCACCGCAUCAUCAACACGCGCGAGCAGCACCUCGCCAACCCGCCGUAUCCCACCUUGCAGGCCCUCGAGUCCUACGCCGAGAACACGUACUCGACCCUCAUGUACCUCACGCUCAGCGCCCUGCCCCAGGCCAGCAUCACCACCGACCACAUCGCCUCGCACAUUGGCAAAGCGACCGGUAUCGCCGCUGUGCUGCGCGGCGUCCCGCUCGUCGCCUUCCCGCAGCCCGCGCCCGCCGGCACCGCAGGCCAUAUCACAGGUCAGUCGGGCCCAACACAGGGCGCCGUGCUGCUCCCGCUCGACGUCAUGGCAGAGGCAAACGUCAAGGAGGAAGACGUCUUCCGCAUGGGCGGCGCGGCGCCGGGACUCCAAGACGCCGUCUUCGCGGUCGCGACGCGCGCAAACGACCACCUGAUCACCGCGCGCGACAUGUUGGCCAAGCUGCGCGCCGAGGGCAGUCUGGGACACGACUUCGAGCACCAGCACGACGGCGAGCAUAGCUAUGGCGCCGAGCAGCUGGGCGCGGGGAAGGAGCAGCAGCUGGCGGAGGUCGAGCAGGCGUUUGGCGUGUUCGUGGCGAGCGUGGCGACGCAGUCGUGGCUCGACCGCCUGCAGCAGGCAAACUUCGACCUGUUCGACCCCGGGCUGCGCAAGAACGACUGGAAGCUCCCCGCAAAGGCGUACUGGGCGUACACGCGCCGCAGACUGUAGAGCAAUCAACACGGAAGACUUUGCUCGCAAACGCCUGUCAUGCUAUGUGCUACUAACCCA